AUGCUGGCCGUCAGGUCCGUGCACGCGGUGGUGCCACCGAUCGCAUCUGCCGGCGCAUCGUUGGAGAAGGUGAGCCUCUGCUUCCUGGCCUUGCGCUUGCGCCCAGCGUUGGGGGCCUGCAGCUCCAGUGUCGUGCGGAGUAGGGGGCCUGAGCGGAGGGCGGGGCAGGGGAAAGAAGAUGAAAGGAGGUGCCGUGGAGAAGCGGCACUCACCAAAGCACGUCCUGUAAGCGUCGCUGAAGAUGAAACCAGCGGUGGAGCACACGCACACGGGAUCGCCAGCAGCGUUCAGAGAGCAGAAGCCGUGGAGCCACAGUCCAGAGCCGCACACGGGUCUGCAGAGGCGAUUAUGCCUGGUUGCGAGGUGAAGCAAGAGCGUGCGAAGCAAGAGCGUGGGAUGCAAGAGGGUGGGAUGCAAGCGGGUGGGGUGCAAGCGGGUGGGAUGCAAGCGGGUGGGAUGCAAGCGGGUGGGAUGCAAGCGGGUGGGAUGCACGCGGGUUGGAUGCAAGCGGGUGGGAUGCAAGCGGGUGGGAUGCAAGCGGGUGGGAUGCAAGCGGGUGGGAUGCAAGCGGGUGGGUGCAAGCGGGUGGGGGGUGCAAGCGGGUGGGGUGCAAGCGGGUGGGGUGCAAGCGGGUGGGGAUGCAAGCGGGUGGGAUGCAGCGGGUGGGUGCAAGCGGGUGGGGUGCAAGCGGGUGGGAUGCAAGCGGGUGUGGAUGCAAGCGGGUGGGGUGCAAGCGGGUGGGAUGCAAGCGGGUGGGGUGCAAGCGGGUGGGGUGCAAGCGGGUGGGAUGCAAGCGGGUGGGGUGCAAGCGGGUGGGGUGCCAUGGGCACUGCCAGUGGUGUGCGGCAGUCAGCCGACUCACCUCAGCGGCGCUGGCGUGGGUCGCGAGGAAGCUGA